AUGGCAAUGCUAGAAAGAGCACGAAAAACUAUUAAAUGUGACAAUGAAGAAUUUGAAGUCACCGAGGCAGCUUCAAAUAGAGAGAAGUUAUGUUUAUCCCAGACAGGAUUUAUCAUGCUUUACCAGUACAUGGGGAAAAAAAUCUAUGAAUAUAUAAAAAUAAAUUUGAAGUUGAGACCUAAACACGUUGCCAAGAUGAGUACUUCGGUUUCUGAGAGAGAGAGAAAAAAAAAUCUCUACUCCUUUUAAAAAAAAAUCAAAUCAAAAAAUAAAGCCAGGAAGUCAAGCAUUAUGAGUUCAGAUACAUAUGUAAACAAAAGUGCCUUUCCAACUGCAGAGGAACAGCCAGAUGAACCUGAUGGCCUCCUUCCUGGCUCAGCCAGUGACCAAGAAAAGAAAAUGACAGUAUCUCCAGCCAAAAUGUCAACCAAGAAUUCUACAGAUCUAGUUGAAUAUGUUGACAAGGGUCAUUCUUUCCUUCCUGGCAUUCCAAACACCCAGAGAAAUCAGCUAGAAGACAGACUGAGCAGCCAGGAGCGCACCAUAGCAUUCCUCCUGGAACAAGCCUUCCGCAUCAAGGAGGACAUCUCUGCUUGUCUUCAGGGGACCCAUGGCUUUCGAAAAGAGGAGUCACUUGCCAGGAGGCUGCUGGAAAACCAUAUCCAGACCAUCACCAGCAUCGUCAAAAAACUCAGCCAAAACAUUGAGAUUUUAGAAGACCAAAUAAGAGUUCGAGAUCAGGCGGCCACAGGAACUAAUUUUGCAGUCCAAGAGCUAAACACCAAACAUCUUCACGGAGUUGGAGAUCUUCGAGGAAGAGUAGCCAGAUGUGAUUCCAGCAUCAUGAAGCUUUCUGAAGACAUUCAUUUCAUCAGGCAUGAGCACCAGCAAAUUGAAAAAACAAUUAAAGAGCUCGUGUCUGCCCUAGAAAUUGUUUCUAAGAAUUUGGAUAUGAAGGUAAUGCAGCUCUUAGGAAAAAUAGAGGCUUCCAAUUCUGAGCAAAUUUCAAAUUUAAAGAUGGUCCAGGGGGAUUAUCGCCAUGAAAUGAAUCUUUUGGAGUUCAAAUUUAAUUCACUCUCAAAUAAUCUGUAUGAAGAAGUUGAGAAUAAUCAAAAAUGGACAAGAAACCAGUUCAUCAAAUUCGAAAAAGAGCAGCUCAGCCAUAUAAACCUGUCUCUGAAGCUCCUUCAGGAGAAACUGGAAAAGUCUGAACAUAAAAUGGAAGAAAAAUUACUGCAGCUUUCAAGCAAAUUAGAGAAUUUCAUUAAUACACAGAAACAGACAAUAGAACUAAGCAAAGUAAAGCAUAUAGAAAAUAAACUGUCCAAAAAGAUGAACCAACUGGAAAAGCAAAUCUGGGAUGAAUUAGAGAAAAUGCAGAAUGAAUAUCAAUCAGGAUUUAAAUCGAUUCAUGACUCUCUCAGCUCUCUCCAACAAAUACAGAAAACGAAGAUGGAUCUUGAGAAAUAUAAAGUACAGAAAGACCUAAAGAAAUUACAGCGUAAGAUAGUGGAACUCCAGGAAGUAUAA